AUGAUCCCCUAAGGUGUCCUUAUAUUAGACACUAUUAGCUAGAAAAUAACUUUUGCGAACAAGGAAAUUUCCAAAAUAUUCAAUGAUUAGCAGUUGACAGAAUCUCAUGACUAUAGAGGGGUUGAGUAAACACUAAUAAGUUACAAAUUAAAAGAAAACUUCAAAGAGGAGGGGGCAAACUUUGAUGGAAGUGAAAUAAUGGAGGAAAGUAAAAAUGAUUCAGAUUCUUAAGAAUCUCAAAGUAAGAGCUAACUAAAUAUGUGGACCUAUUUAUUCUAGAAAAGUGGUAAUAAGAAAAAAAUCAAAGAUUCGCUAUUCAAAGGAAAGCAUGAUAAAAAAUUCAUUCAGGUAAAAGCUCAAAAUAUUGCGAUGGGUACUCAAGUGAUAGCUAUAUUCAAUGAUAUCUCUAAGAUAAAAGAGCUAGAAAAAAUGGCUUAAAAGCUUCGCUCUAGAUUCUUUUCUUAGAUAGCUCAUGAACUUAGGACUCCUCUAAACUCUAUUAUACCACUGACAACAAAACUUAAGAAUAAUCCAAAUGAUCCCAAAAGAGAACAAUACUUGGUUAUUAUUCUCAACUCAGCCUUACAUCUUGAAAAUUUGGUUGAAGAUGCAUUGGAUAUGACUAGGCUAGAAAAUAACAAAUUUGCUGUAAAUAAAAACUUCUUUGACAUCAGGCUUACAAUAGCUUAAAUAUCUAAUAUUAUGGAGGUUUAGAUUUCCCAGAAAAAAUUAAAACUUAUAACAAAAAUCCAUAGUAAUGUUCCCUAGGAAAUUUUUUCUGAUUAAAAAAGAUUUAAGCAGAUCAUUUUCAAUCUUAUAGGCAAUGCUAUCAAAUUCACAUUCUAGGGAUACAUUAAAAUUAGUUUAAAAUUUGAGGGUUAGUAUCUAAAGACUAGCGUCAAAGACACUGGUAUUGGCAUUAAAGAAUAAGAUUUGACUAAACUUUUCAAGUUCUUCGGAAAGCUAACAUGUUCUUAAUCUAUUAACAAAGGAGGAAUGGGAUUGGGUCUAAGCAUCUCUAAAGUAAUAGCAUAAUAGCUAAAAGGAGAAAUAAUGGUAAAAUCAACAGUCAAGACAGGUUCAAAGUUUUCAUUUACAAUACUUGUUGAUGAGUUCAAAAGAUAAGAAGUGUAAACGAAUGCUAAUAGACAGUUCAAUUAAAAUAGUUUGUUUUAAGAGUAAGCAACUUAAUCAGGAAUGCUAAAUCAAAUGAUGAGAACUAAUCAUUAAUCUAUGAUGGACUGUCCUAAUGAUUCAUUCUUUAAAGAAGAAAUGGAGACCAUUGAUGAUAUUGAAUAUUUUAGCAUGCCUGAGAAGCAAAUAUAAAAAUAUCAGACAGUGAGGCAGAUUGAUAAAAUGUUUCUAGAUGAGAAUCAUAGCUUAUUUGACAAUAACUAUUUCUCAAGGAAUUAACCACGAGUGAACAUCUUGAUAGUAGAUGAUUAGCCAUAUAACUUAUUCGUCCUGGAGGAGCUUUUGCUUUAGAUUAAGAAUGAUUUAAAGAUUGAGAGAGCUAUGAAUGGAGAAUAGGCUAUUGAAUAAAUCUAGAAUUUAAAUAUGUUUACCAGCAGCUAUGAGGAAGGAAAUAAAUUUUUUGAUUUCAUAUUUUUGGACAUCAAUAUGCCUGUCUUAGAUGGAUAUUAGACAAUGCAAGAGCUAACAAGACUGGAAAGUCAAGGGAUUGUAGAUUUGAGUAGGACUAAAAUAAUUGCUCUCUCAGCAAUCACUCGAGAGCAAUUUAAUGAAGAGGACAGAUAUAAACAGUUUAACUUCUUUGAUGAGGUUAAACGAGAUGCUGGAGGACAAGGAAGUAAAUUGAACUAGUUUGGAGUUCAAAUAACUACUGAGAGUGACAACCCAUACGAUGACUCAGAAUCAUCAGGAUCACGUUUGCAGCAUUAUAAGGACUCUCAUGGCAGACCAAGCUCUCAUUCACGAAAAAAUUCUCUAAUAAAAGUCAAUUUAUCACAACUUAAAAAAACCCCUUAUUAUCAUAAGAGCUCUGAUCAUAAGCAGUCGCUAGGGGGAGGAAAAUUAUCAAAUCGAGCAGGAGGUGGAGAUAUGAGUGUCAGAUUUUUGACCACUGGUCAUUAGCAUUCUAAAAAUAAAGACUCCAAGGAGUUUGCCAGACGCCAAUCGCAUAAUCCGAAUCAUAGUGGUAGUUCUAAUUUACUCCUCAAUUAACAGGACUUUAAUGGCUUGGUAAAUCCUCGUAGAUAUUCAAGUAGAUAGGCUUCUGUUGGAAGCUCUUAAGAUGUUAAUCUGCUUUAGCCAGGAUUAUAGAAUGCUCACAGUACAAAAAAUGCUAAUGCCAAUAUGUUGUACACUCAGCAAAUAUCUAAGUUCUUUUAGAAUAAAUUAGAAAAAGAGGUCACUAGUUAGAAUUUGAAAAUAUCUGUUGAUGUUGCUUAAUCCAAUAAGCUUUUCUCAUCUAUUCUUUACAAUCCAAUAUAACCCAGCUUAAUGCAAAAGUAAAUAUCUUAUUUAAGUAAUAAUAAUCCUGGAACAACUAGAACUAUAAAACCCCAUCUUUUAAAAGCAAAUGACCACCACAUUUAAAUGAAGGCAAGCACAAUUAAAACUCCUCAAGAAGAUUAAAAGCCUAUUAUCAACUAAAAACAAAUUAAAUCACUAAAGCUACGUAUUAAUUAAGAGCUAGACUAUGAAGCUAAGUAGGUAUACUUUAAGUACAGCCGAAAGCCAAAAUUAAAACCAAGCAUGCCAAUUCCAGCUAUUUAUGACUAAGGCUGCUUGACUUGUGGCUAAUAGAAUGUGACUGUGACUUAUCACGGAGAAAGACAUGUUUGCUAUAAAUGUAGAAAGUAUCUUUAGACACCUGAUGGCAAACCUGUGAUGCUUAUAACAACUCCUGAUUAGAGGAUCAUGGCUUUCUUCAAGAAGAUAAAAUUGAACGAUGAGAAACGCCGAUAUUCUUACAUCAAUGUUGACCAUAAUGAUUUAAGAAUAUUCGAUCGGAAGUGUUAGGCUACUUUUGCUGGUGAAGGGGAAUUAGUAGUUUUGCUAAUUGAUGAUGACAAUAAGAAAGAGAAUCCUGAGAGUGGUAGAUCUACCAAUCACUAAUAGCAGAUAUGA